AUGCCCUCACGACGAAGCCGAGACGACAAUACUAUCAUCGUUAACGGGGAUGGCGAUGAAGAGUGGGCAGCGCCAUCUUCACCGGAUUCAAUAGGAUCGGAUAUUGAUUUCGAACCUAAAAACAAAAUGGCCAUCGAUACGCCUCAAGACCUCGAGUCGCCUGAGCCAGAACAAGCUGAUGGAGCUUCGGUCGCAAGUGUCAGUCCAGCAGUUAAACAAAAGGGUACGACUAAGCCAAAGUAUUUGAACCAAAUAUCGUUCAGAGAUCCAGGUUCAUCAACAAUGGAGGAAAGGUUACAAAUGAUGCCGGCGAAACGUCCUCUACCUUGGAGAGACGGAGUUGAAGCUGGUUCUGAACUCGAAACGGGAGGCGAUUCACGUAGGAAGCAAAUUAGAUUUGGUUGUCUGCUUGCGACUCGGGGAAAUGAAGUUGAAAGCCCUUGCCACUCAUGUGCGAAUGGUCGGGGCAAGUUCGAAUUGUGUAUCGCAUUGCCAGGAUUCUUCAAGGGAGCAUGCGCUAGUUGUCAAUUGAGUGGCAGACCAAAUCGUUGUAGCAUCAAGACUAAUGAGGAUAUCGAACCCGAAGAAUUUCAUCCAGAAGAUGGACUCCGGUCGUCGCCAGUGGCGGAGGAAUUAAGCUCAGAUUCACAAAGAGCUUCGGGUUCGGGUUCACGAAAAAAUAUAGUAAAGGGGACACCGGAUGGAUCUACUUCAACAAGCCACGCUCAAGAAGACAUGCAUUCUGGCCCACCAGCAAAGAGAGCCCGGGUCGAAGAGCCAGAAAAGCUACCUCAAACAGGCUGGCAAGAACCUCCUGUAGUAGACACCGGUUUGGGAUCUGCAAAGUCGCGCGGACGCCCGCCUCGUUCAUCUCUCAACCAUGUUACAACCUCGUGGGCACAUGUUAAUUCUCCGCAAAUGGCUACGCGCAACUCGUCUACACCAAUCAAUACUCGAAAUGGCGGUUCCAGAAGGUCUGGUGGCCAAACUCCUUCGGCUGAUAAGGAAACAACUGCUAAGGGACCAUCCAGAAAACCAAGCAACACCCCAAGUACCAGUACUCCUCAAUCAGCUCCAAGUAGAUCAGCAUCAAACGGCUGGGCUUCUGUCAACCAAACUCAGCAAGGAUCUCAACCUACUUUCCCAAACCUAGCCAAACCACAAAUUCCGAAACUACAACAUCAGCAAUCCAAGCCGGAGCAGCCGCCGGCGAAGCCAGAGCAGCAGCAGGUUAAACCGCCACAAGAGCAAUAUCAAGCUCAACAGAAGCAGCAAGUUAUACCACCACAAGAGCAAUAUCAAGCUCAACAGCAUCAGCAUCAGCAGCAUCCAGUUCAACAACAGCAGCAGCCACAGCAUCAAGUUCAGCAACGGCCACCGCCACAACAUCAAGUUCAUCAACAGCCACCGCCACAGCCGCAGCAUCAACUUCAACAACAACAAAUGCAGCAUUACCAGCCUCUUCCUCCCCCUCCACCUCCCCCUCCACAAGCCCAGUUACAGCACGGCCAACCUCAACCACAAUUUCAAGUCCAGCCUAGCACUACUCCCCCUAAUGCUUUUGGAGGCUUCGUUGAUCAGCAAAAUGGUAGGAUGAGCAACGGAUUGUCAACGUCUCAACCUCCGAAAAAAGUCAAACAGCUACCACCUUACCAACCAACCUUUGUUACAACUCCCUCUGGACUCUCUUUUGCCUCGGCUCCCCUCAUCGAAACCUUGCCAAAGCGAAAGCAGCUUCAGCUAAUGGGGAUCAUUAGUGGUCUCCAAGGAGGAAUUGAUAAUAUUCAGAGGGAGCUCAAUCAGUUGAAGAAGACGCUUGGCGUAGAGGAUGAUGAUAUUUGA